AUGGCAUUCAACCUCUCAGGAACUCUAACCUUCUUUAAACUCUUCCAAAAUCCGGCCCUCUGUCUUCCACAUCAUACUAUCAAGACCUUUGCAGACCUUCCAGUGCCUAUUGGCAAAGCAUUCGCAGAUUCCGAAAAAGGCAUUGAAGCAGAUAUCAGAGCCGUAAUUCUUGAUAAAGACAAUUGCUUCGCGCUCCCGCAUUCCAACGAGGUUUAUCCACCUUACAUCCAAAAAUUUGAGGAACUCAAGAAAGCGUACCCCGGAUCCAGACUGCUCAUCGUGUCAAACACCGCUGGGACGAGAGAUGAUCCUACCGGAGAGGGCCUUGCUGUCUUGGAAAAAAAUACGGGAGUAAAGGUCUUGAAACAUAAUACAAAGAAGCCUGGGUGUAGGGAUGAGGUAUUUAAGUAUCUCAGGGAAGCUCCAGAUGUCCAGAUCGAGAGACCUGAUCAGAUUGCUGUUGUUGGUGAUAGAUUGCUGACAGACGUUAUGAUGGCGAACUUGAUGGGCGCAAGGGGAAUUUGGGUCAAAGAUGGAGUAGUUCAGAGGAAAACCUUUUUCGCAAAAGCGGAGGAAUCGCUCUCAGAUUUCCUUCUUCGUCGUGGAUAUGUUGCUCCAGAACCAAAAAGCGACUUCGAAUGA